AUGGCUAAUUUGCUUCAUGAAGACAAACGUAUUAAUGGGGAAGACGUUUGGUUAACGGAGGACACGAAGCGCGCUAUAAUGCUUUCCAUUGUCCCAGGCGCCUUGUCAUUUGGUGCUUUUGCAUUUUUUCGCAAUGAUAAAAAUUUAAUCAUUUGGUAUAAUCGGACAUACAAACCGAAAUGGGCAAAAGUAAAUCCGUUCGUUUAUGGAAUAUUAAAUGCUGCGACCAUUAUACCAUCUACUUAUGCAGCAUGUGUUGUGUACAAGCAUGGAGGAGGUCUUGGACACAAUGAAACAAAGUUAGCACUAUCAUUAUUUGCUAGCACAUUGACUCUCGCAAUCGUUACCAUACCAAUUAUGAAGAAAACUGAUUAUGAUCGCCUUUUCUCCAAUACAAUUUUAGUGCAUCUAAGCGGAAUUGGUACAGCGAUUGCCUUUGGCAGAAUUCAUGAUCAAGCUGGAAUAUUGAUGGUACCAUACGUUUUGUGGACAGGUUUCUGCUCUUUUCUCACCUACUCCUUGAAGAAAAUGAACAGAAAGAGUGAAAUUGAUCUCGACACUUGA